CUGUUUCUUCUCCUUUGUCAUUUUUCAUCUCCAGGUAAGACAACAUUUAUGAAACACUCAUUUUCCGGUAUUUUCACUGCGUCUACCGGAACUUCAAACUUGCCAGAGGUGGUUGCUGUUGCAUUGGUGAAUAACAUUGAAGCAAGUUACUGUGACAGUAAAAUCGAGAAAGCUAUACCCAAACAGGACUGGAUGGAAAACCUGAGAGAUGGAGAGCCAGAGUAUUGGAAGGAGUACGCACAGGACUGUGCAGUUAAUCGCCUAUUCUUUGAAGAACAAUUCCACAUAUUGAAGCGCCGCUUAAAUCAAACUACAAGUGUUCAUAUUUUACAGAAGGUGAUUGGCUGUGAAUGGGAUGACGAGACCGAGACGUCUCAUGGAUAUCAACAUUAUGGUUUUGACGGAGAGGACUUUUUAGUAUUUGACCUGAAGACACUGACAUGGAUCGCUACUAAACCACAGGCUGUCAUCACCAAACACUACUGGGACAGACAAAAAACUACAAAUGAUUUAUGGAAGUACUACCUCACACAGGUUUGCGUUGACUGGUUGAAGAAACAUCUGAAGUAUGGGAGGAUCUCUCUGAUGAGAACAGAUCUUCCUUCAGUGUCUCUCCUCCAGAAGACUCCCUCCUCUCAGGUCACCUGCCACGCUACAGGUUUCUACCCUGACAGAGCUGACUUGUUCUGGAGGAAAGAUGGAGAGGAGCUUCAUGAGGAUGUGGACAAAGGAGAGAUCCUCCCCAACCAUGAUGGAACCUUCCAGAUGAGUGUUGACCUGAAGAUUUCAUCAAUCACUCCUGAAGACUGGAAGAAGUACGACUGUGUGUUUCAGCUGUCUGGUGUGAAAGACGACAUCAUCACCAAACUGGACAAAUCAGUGAUCAGAACCAAUCAGAAAAAGCCCUUGGACGUGACCAUUCCCAUCAUUUCUACAAUAGUUAUCAGUGUCAUACUACUUGGUGGUUAUAUUUUUUACCAAAAAAAAGGAGGGGGAACCAAUUCAUCGUCGCACAAUUCGAUUAGACAUCUGCAUAUUGAGCAUCUGCACCCCACGAAAAUCUGCCAAUACCUUCCCUCCAUCCCCCCACUGGCCCCCCACGGGGGUAGCGCCCCACGACCCCAGGGGCAGCCCAUGUCCCUGCUCCCCACCCGCCUCCCCUGGUCUCCCCCUCCUGCCCCCUCCUGCCCCCUCCUGCCCCCUCCUGACCCUGUCAGGGCCCGGCUACAAUACCUGACCCGCCCCAGAGACGGGACGAUUGGAGUUCAAGGAAGUGAGCGUCAGCAGCUCUUGGUCGUAAAACUGCUUUUGGUCGCUCUCCCGGAGUGCUCUGGUUGGGGAGAGGACAGAGAAUCUCUGUGUCACCUCGCGAUGGCACGGGAUCUGGCUGUGACCCCUGACCCCCUGACCCUCACUCCUGACCCCUGGACCCAUUCCCACGCCACGCCUUUUUGUGUCCACCUCGCCAUGCACAUACACAUACUUGGAAACACAAGCACCCCCAACCCGACUCUGACACCUCCUGGGCCACAUUCUAACACCCCAAUCCCCUCAGAUCCAUCCCCUCAGCAGGGGCCUCCGGGUAUCAAGGCCUGA